AUGGGUGCUCCUUGUGUUCAACUCCUAUUUGCUGUCAUCUUGUGGACAACGCCUUACAUGGGAGCCACCACUGUGUUCUCAGCCUCUGCAAGCCCACUCCACCAGACCAAAGCCAGCUUUAAAACGCAAUCCCAGUUUUGGAAUCUCACCAGUGGUGCCGAUAUGCUCCAUGGCAGACGUAAACGAGCCAUCUCGUCCAGGGAAAUAAAUGCAUUGCUGGAUUAUCACAACCGAGUCCGCUCUCAGGUCUUUCCUCCAGCUGCCAAUAUGGAAUACUUGGUGUGGGAUGAAGGACUCGCCAAAUCAGCUGAUUCUUGGGCUUCACGCUGCAUAUGGGAUCAUGGUCCAACACAAGCCAUGAGACACAUGGGCCAAAACCUGUCAAUCAUCUCCGGACGGUUCCACUCCGUCACCGAGCUGGUGAGGUCAUGGAACGAGGAGAGACGUCAUUUUUCCUACCCUGACAGUUGUGGCGGAGCUGUGUGCUCUCACUAUACGCAGAUGGUGUGGGCCAGCACCAGCAGAAUGGGAUGUGCCAUCAAGACGUGCUCCAACAUGUAUGUGUUCGGGAGCACUUGGCGAGAGGCAACGUUUCUAGUCUGCAACUACUCAAUAAAAGGUAACUGGGUGGGAGAGGCGCCCUACAAGGUUGGGAGGCCUUGCUCUGCCUGUCCGUCAAGCUACGGCGGUACCUGCUGGAGAAACCAGUGUUCAGGCAGCUCAGGAACCAAAAGACGCAUCGGAUAUUAG